AUUGAGACCAAAUCAGAAGUGACAGUUCUUUUAAUUUCCUCUAAGUUUCACUAAAAAAUGAGUUUUUUCCUCGAAAAUAAGCGUAUUAAAAAUUUUCUAAUAAUGACAGUACAAAUAUAGUGCAAGAAAAUUAUAAAAGUGUGUUGCCGAGGUACUUACUGACCAGUAUAGCUAUCAACCUCAUGUAAACAUUGUGAUUGUGAAGGAACAUUUUCGAUCAGUCUAUUUUCUUUAUUAUGGAAAAACAUAAUGAAAAUAUUGAAUUUUCUUUCUUAGCCUUAAAAUGUUGGGAAAUCUACAAAGAACUGUAAAAACUUGGUACAAUCAAUCAAGAGAAGCCGAUGUUAAUAUUUUAUGGGUCAGUGUUUUAGUGCUAGCAGAGCCCAGGAUGCACCUCAACCUAAACAUGGUAUCAAAACGUAUUUAGUCCAACAAGCAUCCGAAACCGCUUUUUCCGAAAGCAAAAACGAGCAGACCAUUGACAGUGUAAUGGCAACAUCUUUUUCUAAUAUGAAUAUUACGAAUCCUAUCAAAGGACUUGUUAGUAAAAGAAGAAAUCGAUAUAAGAAAGAUGGUUUCAAUCUGGAUCUGACCUAUAUCACCGACAAUAUAAUUGCAAUGGGGUACCCGGCCUCUAAGAUAGAAGGAGUUUACCGUAAUCAUAUUGAUGACGUUGUAAAAUUCCUCGACAAGAAGCAUCCCGACCACUAUUACAUUUACAACCUUUGCUCCGAACGAAGCUACGACAAGCUAAAAUUCCACAACAGAGUCAAAAUAUUUCCCUUCGACGAUCACAAUCCCCCCAAAAUCGAUUCGAUCCAACCGUUUUGUAACGACGUCCACGAAUGGUUAUCGAUAGAUAAGAAGAAUGUGGCUGUGGUGCAUUGUAAGGCUGGUAAAGGCAGGACCGGAACCAUGAUCUGUUGCUAUCUCCUUCAUAGCGGAAUGUUUUCCAGUGCUGAAUCGGCUCUGAACUAUUACGGACAAACUAGAACACAAGAUAAGAAAGGAGUCACGAUUCCCAGUCAAGUGCGAUAUGUACAGUACUACGAGACUUUGUUAAAACAAAACCUCUUUUAUACCCCAGUUUCUAUGUAUAUAAAAGAAUUUAUACUUAAUCCGGUGCCGAAUUUUACUGGAGGACAAGGUUGCCUGUCUCUCACUAUUUCACAUCAAACUCUUGUGAAAGAGGGUGAUAAAUACACUCCAAAACUUCAAAAAUUACGGAAGAAUGAUUGGUACGAAGUUAAAAAGAGUGGAUCUCCUUUUUCGAUAAAGUUGGACUAUUGUCUACCUCUUAAAGGCGAUAUAAAAGUUGAGUUUUUUAGUAAAACUAUGAUGAGGAAAGAGAAAUUAUUCCAGUUUUGGUUUAAUACUUUUUUUAUAUGCAAUUCUAUGAAUGGAUUUCUGCCGAGAAACGGAAGUAGCGAAGAAGUUUGUUACGUGGUAGAUUUUGAAAAGAACGAACUUGAUAUUGUUAAUAAAAAGGACAAGCAAAACAAAAUGUUUCAUGCAGAUUUUAAGCUUACUUUACAUCUUCAAAGAAUUCCGAGAGACGAUUGUUGUCCGACAUCGUACGAACGACAUUCUCAAACACAAGAUACGCCAAGUGAAAGUUCGGCAGAAUCAUCUGAUGAUUAUACGAACGAAGACGAAGACUGGGACAGCGGAGAAGGCAAUUCCCUUAUACCCAAAAACGAACCCUGUGAUUCUACUAAAAGUUGAUCCUCAAUUAUUACUAAUUUUCUGUAUAAAGUUUGUUAGAUUGUACAUUAAUAUGUACAGAGCAUCCUGGAUUAGGUGUUUCUACAGGAAAUUGCCGAAAUAGCUGUUGUUGGUCGAAAGCUAUUUGUCUGUGGCAUCUCAGUUUUGCAAUCUCUUGAGUAAAUAAUGUGAUAUACUUGGAAAAAAUAAAAAAAAUUGUAUUUAACGUUCCGAGUUCAAGAUAAACACAAAUAAAAUUGUCAAAUC